AUUUAAAAUCACAUGGAAGCUAUUUAAAAAUGCAGUAAUCUUGUAUUCAAAUAUCUAUUUAAAAUAGAUAAAUCACACAUUAGCAGUCAAAGCAGGUCUUCUGCAUUUUCAGUAAUAUGAGCAGGUUAGCAGAGCAGGAAGGAGCUGAGAAUAACUCUGACUGUGAGUGAUUUAAAUGUUGAUUUGUUGAUGGUCCCUGAGGGAAACAGCUGUGGUUCAGACUGAGAUCUCAGCCGUGAACUAACGGUCCUGUCACAGCUGACACUGGGUGAAGCUGAGUGAGAAGACGCUGCUGGUUUCACACUGAAUGUCCAGUUUAAACUGAUCCACAGCUGGAUCCUCAGCCUCCUCCACCGGACAGAAACACACGAGUAGUUCUUCUAUCACAGAUAAAGAUCCGACACAAUGAAGACUGUGAUUUAUCUGGUUCUUCUGGGAAUAAACAGCGCAGCCUCAGUGAUUCACUCUCUGAAGUAUUUCUACACUGGUUCCUCUCACGUCCCAAACUUCCCAGAGUUUGUGUCUGUCGGUUCGGUUGAUGAAGUUCAGAUGAUUCGCUACGACAGCAGCACAGAGACGGCAGAACCCAAACAGGACUGGAUGAAGAAAGUCACCGAGGAUAACCCAGAGUACUUGGCAGGUGAAGCUGAGCACUGGAGCCGUAUCCAGCAGGCCUUCAAAGCCAACAUUCAGACUGCAAAGCAGCGCUUCAACCAAACUGCAGGUGUUCACAUCGCCCAGAGGAUGUUUGGCUGUGAGUGGGACAAUGAGACUGGAGAGGUUAAAGGUUACGAUCAACAUGGUUACGAUGGAGAAGACUUCAUAGUUUUUGACCUGAAGACAGAGACGUGGAUCGCUCCAAAACCACAGGCUGUCAUCACCAAACUCAAGUGGGACGAUAACAAAGCUUCGAUCGCUCAGUGGAAGAACUACCUGACCCAGGUUUGUCCUGAGUGGCUGAAGAAGUAUGUGAACUAUGGGAGGAGCUCUCUGCUGAGAACAGAUCGUCCCUCAGUGUCUCUCCUCCAGAAGACUCCCUCUUCUCCAGUCAGCUGCCAUGCUACAGGUUUCUACCCUGACAGAGCCAUGAUGUUCUGGAGGAAAGAUGGAGAGGAGCUUCAUGAGGACGUGGACCGAGGAGAGAUCCUCCCCAACCAUGAUGGAACCUUCCAGAUGAGUGUUGACCUGAAGGUUUCAUCAGUCUCACCUGAAGACUGGAGGAGGUACGACUGUGUGUUUCAGCUCUCUGGUGUGAAGGAGGACAUCAUCACCAAACUGGACAAAGCAGAGAUCAGGACCAACUGGGGAAAAACUGGACUCAGAGAGACGUCCAAUGAUGUGACCGUCCCCAUCACUGCUGCAGUGGUUGUAGUUGCUCUCGUCCUCUUUGCUGUCAGUGGAUUCGUGGUUUACAAAACAAAGAAAGGGAAAUCAGAGAAAUCCUCUCAGCAAAGUGAGACCUCUUCUCACAGUUCAGAUAAUUCUGCAAAGGGAAGUGACAAAGAGCCGGACACUUUGUCAUUUAACUACAAUAAUAAUUCCUCUACAGAAAGUGCAGACAGCAACAAACCACUGAUGAAAAGAUGAGACAGUUUGAAGAGGAGGGUGAACUCCGCUCUGUGAGGAACUGUUUUCUGUUCAGUCUCCUAAACUGUGAUAAACAGCAGAUUAAUAGACACAGCUGUUCUCUGAUGAUGUGAUUUAACCUCUGUUCAGUAAUGACAGACACAGUUAGCAGCUAGCUGAUGAUUAGCAGGUAAAGAGCCACAUGUUUCUGUCAGGAGGUGGAGGUGAAGUUGUAGCUGUAGAUACAUGUUACUGUGAUCAAACUGUUGACAAAACAAUGUCUGCAAAACUGUAAAUAUAAACACAUUUAUUGUGCUUCACAUUAUAUAGAUGUUGAGGUUUGGGUGUUCACAUUUUAAUAGAUACACAGACCUCCACACACAUUUACAUCUGUCAGUUUAAGAUUUAUUUUACAAC